AUGAGGCUGAUAUUGCUCACCUUAUUCUUGAUUGUCGCUGUCGAUGGAGGCAUUGUAGACAAAGUAAAAGGAGUGUUCUCUGGCGAUGGUAGUUUUGGACAGAAACUGAAGAAUGCCACUAUUGUUGGAUUCAAGAAGCUCUUCGAAAAUACGGCUCUAUUCAAAAUUCGCGACAAGAUUAGAAGUAUGAAGGAGAAAGUGUUGAAGACAUUGGAGUUGACACCUCAAAUGAUGAAAUCGCUCCAAGAAAGGUUGAAGAGACUUCGACCCAUCAGGAAGGAUAAAGUCGCAGAGACCAACGCGCGAGACUCAAUCACUGACGUCAACGAAUACAGCCAGGUUGGCAAAGAUCUCUACCAGAGCGACAUGGUGCUAACAGAGGAGCAAGCCGAGGAGAUCGUGCAAGAUAUAGAAGAUGAGGUUGCUGGUGGAAAUCGAAAAUCAAAACGCCAAGCAUUCAAGGACCAUAGAUAUCCAAAUAUGUUAUGGUCAGAAGGAGUGAAUUACUACUUCCAUAAGCUCGCUAGUAGAGAGAUGAGAAGUUCAUUCGAGAAGGGAGCGAAGCUAUGGGAACAGGAUACUUGCAUCAAUUUCACGCGGAACCCAUUCGCCAAAGAUCGAAUUAUGGUAUUCCCGGAGGACGGAUGUUGGUCAUACGUUGGAAAACUCGGUGGUGAGCAGAAACUGUCACUAGGAAGUGGCUGCGAAACAGUAUCUAUCGCUGCGCAUGAGAUUGGUCACGCUCUUGGAUUUUUCCAUACAAUGUCCCGACACGAUCGUGACGACUUCAUCACUGUAAACAAGCACAAUAUCAAGGUAGACUGGCUAAGUCAAUUCAAUAAAGAAACAACGAAAACAAACGAUAAUUACAACAUGACGUACGACUAA